AUGGCUGUAAAAGGCGUCUUUUCAUAUUGGUGGUUUCCCGUCCUCUCAGGUCUAGUCUGGUUGGGCAUGUUGCUUGGCCUGCUACUAGAAUGGCAAAUCAACCAACAUGGCCGUCGCUAUCCUACGCAGUCUCUCCACUCCGACGUCGCAUACAUUUCCAACGUCGGUGCUGACCGUCUUUGGCCGCUCUUCAUCGCCGGAUGCGUUCUCACUUCCAUUUUCCUCGACACCGCCUUUCUAUCGGAACGCUGGCUACGACAUAAGGGGCGUCUUGCGCCUAAUACGACCCUCAUGGAGAAGGUUCUUACCUGGCUCUCGAUCGCCUUUGCCGCAGUUGGUACUGUCGGACUUAUCUGCUUGUCCAUCUUCCGUACUGGAAGAUAUACCAGACUGCACCAUACCUUUUUGGCUCUCUUUAUUGGAGGUUACCUGAUCUCUGCUGUCUUUAUCUGCUGGGAGUAUCAGCGACUCGGAAUUAACUACCGCGAGCACCGAGUUCUUCGCAUCUCUUUCUGGGUGAAGCUCACCUUUAUCUUGGUCGAAGUCGCCCUCAUCAUCGCCUUUGGUGUUACCAGCCGCAUCAAGCAGCGAAACGCUGCCGCCAUCCUUGAAUGGGUCAUUUCAUUCAUCUUCACCUUCUACGCCAUCUCCUUCGUCAUCGACCUCUACCCUGCUAUCCGUACAAAGCCCCGUCACGCCAGGCACCCCAAAUACGUGCCUUCAGCUAUUGCUGAUUCCAGCAACCCAAGCCACGAAGGAUCGCGUAGCGACAUCAACGACCGAAGGGACGUCGAGAUGGCCCAGAACACACCUCCUAGAGACUUCUAA